CCGCUUGGUGUCGCUGUAGGUAACACUGCCACAUGGAUCAGCCAUAUAUAUUACACCGGAAGUGUAUCCUCGAUCUGCGAGGGUCAAGAUCAACUUCGCACCACCGCCACGAUGGCUCACAGACUUUUCAUGCGGAGAAUAUGGACUCUGUGUGGAGGAGAGAUCCGCUGCCUCCCAUCAGCCACUGCCACGGCUGCUUCCUCCUCUUUCUCCAGCUCCCUUCAGUCUGCACAGAGCCGGGUGUCCUUCCUGUCGCCACCACACUCUCUGCCUGGCGCCCUUCCUCAGACCUUCAGCCGGGCCGUGUCCUUCAACGUCCAGGACCACGAGGACUUCACAGAGAGGGUCGUCAACAGUGACCUGCCUGUGCUGGUGGACUUCCACGCCCAGUGGUGUGGUCCAUGUAAGAUCCUGGGGCCAAGGCUGGAGAAGGCCGUUGCCAAACAGAAAGGUCGCGUUGCCAUGGCGAAGGUCGACAUAGAUGACCACACGGACCUGGCCAUUGAAUAUGGGGUCUCUGCUGUCCCCACAGUCAUCGCCAUGCGGGGGGGUGACGUGGUCGACCAGUUUGUGGGCUCAAAGAUGAUGAUGAGCUGGAGUCGUUUGUCAGCAGAAUCGUUGGACCAUAAAUGGGAGUGGUCCAGCCCAGCACUGGUCCAGCCCAGCACUGGUCCAGCCCAGCACUGGUCCAGUCCUGUCGUGGACGGCGUCAGCCGCCAUCUUGAUCUGGUUCACAAAUCGCUAACCAUAAUUAGAACCGUGCAGCUGGUGACCUCACGCCCACCUCCAGGAACACGGCUUCACCUGUUUGUUGCUGCUUCUCUCUGUGUCUUUGUCCCUCGUCUGUCUUUUGUCUAGGACUGGGUGUGGGCCUUGGUGGACAAGUCCCUUUUUACACCAGCUUGGUUUCGGUGACGGCUCGUUCCGCUCCACUGGAUCGGCCUGGUAUUUGGUAGAAUCCUGUCAGACACUUGUACAACAUCACGAAUGAACAUUUUGGAGUUUUAAUGACGAGAUGACGUCACCUGACCGGAUAACACCUUUAGUUCUUGCUUUUGUCCACCAGAGGGAGGUGUUCUCUUAGAUUUUCGAAGCCAUUAUGCCUCAUACUGUGAGUACGUGUGAGUGAGUGCAUGUGUGUACUGAAUGUGUACUGAAUGUGUACUGAAUGUGUACUCUAGUUCUGGUCUGCAAAAUAUCACCUUGAUUUAGUUUCGUUCUGAGACGGACAUUAUUUUCAUGACAAACGAGUCAAAGAUGAAAUAAAAAUGUUCAAUAUUC